AAAGGCAAGACACCGGCAACAACUUUACGCCACAUUAUUGAGUUUAUCGUUUUUAUAUGUGCAACGUUUAUAUAAAAGGAUUAUUGUGACAAUGAAAUCUUACAUCAGGAAUAUAUCUGAGGAAUCUGGAUCUGGCAGUGAAAUGUCAUGUGAUGAAGUAGUGCAUGACUUAGAGGGGGUUAUAUCGCAGGCGGUGAGAGAGGCGAAAUGCAUUCAGGGGGUCUUCAAGUGCGCCAGCUUUCUCGAGCAUUCCCCGGAGCUGGUUGACUUGUGCAUCUUGCCAGAAGAGCAAGGCAAUGACAUCUCGGCGCAAAUUCAGAAGAAGUUGAUCGAGGCCUAUUGCUGGGAGAACGACAUAAGAGUAGUCAACAUCCCAGAAAAGACCCUCCAAAGUCUUGCGAAGGUCAACAGGAAAAAGACGCCCUUCAUCACCGAUCUUACCUGCGUCUUGUUGACCACUUGGCCUUGCGAUAAUGAGAGUAAUUUCAACAACAGCAUUGGUUGACAAUGACCUGUCACCAGGCAGACAUUAAACGGGUAGCCCAACCCAUUUCAGCACAACCACAAACGGCAGCUGUUGCUAGUCAAUAUUGGCAACAGAUGGCAUUAUGCGUGUGGGAUCUGCAUUAUGAGAUGAUUUGACAUACUUCGAUUGCUCUUGUAAGCUGCAGGGAAAAAUUAUUUACCAACAUUUGAUGCAACCGACAGCAUCUGAGAAAAUGGAUGGUUCACCGAACAAGCUCAUCGCAAAACCGUUCGAAGCAACGCAGAGGCAAAGUGACGUCGAAAUGACUAUAGGGUAGACGUUGAGUUCAUAUUACUAGUAUCAUGAAGGAAUCUCAACAUCAUUAUUAUCCAAAACAUACUUCUGGAGUCUUGGUUUGUUAGUACGAAUGUGAAUCGUUUGCAUUGAAACAGUUAUCUGGUGUGACUAUUGGUUGAUUUUGCGCACAUGACAGUAUCUGGGACUUAUAUCACGAGUGCUUCACACGUCCACAGAUCAUCACUUUUGCAACGUGAUCACGAACUGUCAUACGGUCGCUGUUUGUACUUGACUAUGGCAAGCGGUUCGACGCAUAAUCCCAAGAAACUAUGUUUCUCAUGACAACCUAGGUUCUCAGAAUGAGAACCUAGGUUCUUAUGAGAACCUAGGUUUUCAAAUGAGAACCUAGGUUCUCACGAAAACCUAGGUUUCCAUUUGAAAACUUGGGUUCUUGAAGCCAUGUGCAAUCUUCAAGCGAGAACCUAGGUUCUCAUUCUGAGAACCUAGGUUCUCAUGAGAAACCUAGUUUCUUGGUAUUAUGUGUCGAACCGCUUGCUAUACUUGACACUGUGUGCGUAAAAGAUAUAACACUGACUCAUUUCGCCGGGAUUACUAUUGUAUUGUUAAACCGUACGACUGUCAUACUAGUUGUACUUGCUCUACAAACUCGUGCCUCUUCCAUGCUUAUUCGAGUGAUGUAAAUCAUGUGGUUAUGAUUUUUUGACAGUAGUCAUAUUACAGCUUACUUUAGGAUAUUGUGCAUUAAAGAGUUUAUAGUUAAUUAAAGUAACAUAAAAGCCUAUUAAUUGUUCUGUAUUUUAACGAAACUUGCUUGAACAAUUCUUUUAAAUCUUAUGUCUUAUUUGUGCAUACCUUCAUAAUAUGAAUAUAGUUUUGCAUGUGAAUAUUCAUGUUUUAUAUCAUUCCCGGGUUGUUCAAUUUGAUAAAAUCAUAUUAAACGUUACCAACU